UUAUUUUGUUUUGACAUGUUGUUUCGAAGAUAUCUCCUGCCCGCUGCCGCCAAAUUCAUUCGUACUAAACACUACCAGCACAUCGAGCUGCAUCCAGAGAUAAAGUAUGCCCUGCGACAUGACCAGCCAGUCGUGGCUUUGGAGUCGACGAUCAUAACACAUGGAAUGCCGAUGCCAGAGAAUGUUACAACGGCUCUGCAGGUGGAGGAACAGGUGCGCCAACACGGCGCUAUUCCCGCCACGAUCGGCAUCAUUGAUGGCUGCAUCAAGGUGGGCCUGACCGGGGAGGAGCUGACGUCACUGGCCAAGAAGCCGCGGAAUGAGGUGAUCAAGUGCUCUCGCCGCGACCUGCCCUACGUCGUGGCUAGAGGACAAAGCGGCGGCACAACUGUAGCCGCCACGAUGAUUGUCGCUCAUCGCGUGGGCAUCAAGGUGUUUGCCACCGGCGGCAUUGGCGGCGUUCAUCGUGAGGGUCACGUCUCUAUGGAUGUCUCAGCGGACUUGACCGAACUGGGGCGCACUCCUGUGGCCGUGGUCUGCAGCGGUGUCAAGUCUAUACUGGACAUUCCGCGCACCCUCGAGUACCUGGAGACACAAGGCGUGUGUGUGGCCAGCUUCGACAGUCCAGGCGGCGUCUUUCCGGACUUUUACACCCGCGACAGUGGCUGCAAGGCUGCCUACAAUCUGUCCACACCGCAGGAGGCCGCUGAUCUGCUCCGCUCCUGGCGGGAGCUCAAACUCCAGUCGGGGGUGCUCAUCGGAGUGCCCAUUCCCGAGGAAUUUGCGGCUGACAAGGCCAAGAUGGAGGCUGCUAUCAAGGCAGCUGGCGUUCAGGCCUUGGCCCAGGGCGUGACAGGCAAGGAGGUAACGCCCUUCCUGCUUUCGGCCAUAGCAAACAUCACCCAGGGCAGCAGUCUCCAGGCGAACAUCGCUCUGAUCAAGAACAACGCCAAGGUGGCGGCCCAGAUUGCUGCAGCUUUGGCCGGGGCUCCAGCCACGAGGCAGAGUGAGGACAAUGGAGAAAGCCCAAAAAAACCCCUCGUUGUGGGCGCCUCCAUCCUGGACCUCUCCUUCACGGUGGACGAUCAGAAGCGGGAUAUGCAACUGGAUGGAGCCACCUACUCAGCGGUGGCCAAGCAGGCGGCUGGAGGCGUCGGACGCAACAUAGCCGAGGGCAUAUACAAGCUCUACGGCGAUGUGAAUCUGAUAUCUGCCGUGGGAAAGGACCAGAUGGGCGAGACUCUGCUCCAACUGAUGCCCAAGGCCCUGCAGCGGAGCAUGAUCCAGGACGAGAGCCAGGCCACCUCCCUCUGCUCCCUGAUCUUCGACAAGUUUGGCGACUGCAAACUGAUUCUGGGCAACAUGGAGAUCCACCAGUGCUCCAUCACGCCAGAAACACUUCGGGCGCACCGGCAUCUCUUCCGCGACGCCCCGCUGGUCAUCAUGGACAGCAACAUUUCGGAGCAAGCAAUGGAGUGCACCCUGCAGCAGGCGCAACGCUACCAGUUGCCGGUGUUCUUUGAGCCCACCGACAUGUUCAUUGCCGGCAAGCCCUUCCACCUCCCACCUGACCUCACGCAGCACAUUCGCCUGAUCAAGCCCAAUCUCCAGGAGCUGAAGACCAUUGUGGAGGCAAUCACUGGACAAACGGUCGACUGGCAGCCCAACACCAAGGUGGAGCGUGUCCAGCUGCUCCAGCAGACCAAGGACCUCCUGAAAAAGAUUGAAUCGUGUUUCAACUGCAUCAUUGCCACUUUGGGGGAUCAUGGCGUGCUGCUCAGCUUUCGUGCGGACGCCGCCAACGAUGCGAGCUGCCUGCUCGAUGCUACGACGUCUGAGGUGCCACCACACACCACCCGUUUCUAUGCCGCACCCAUAGUGCCCAACAUUGUGAAUGUGUCAGGAGCUGGGGACAGCUUCUGUGCCGGCUUCAUUACUGCCCUGCUGCAGGGACGCAUCCUGGACGAGUGCGUCGCCGCUGGCUUUGUGGCGGCCGAACGAGCCCUUCAAUCCGAGUCGGCAGUGCCAGCGACGUACUUUAGCAAUGCGGUUGCCUUCGAGGAUCGCUACAAGCAGACUCUGAAGACGCUGCAGCAGCAAAGCAUUUAGAGAGCGUUUACAUAGCUUUUACUCAGGACCUUAGCUUUAUUUUCCCCAAAUAGUUUCUUAAAGUGUAUAACAGACGAUGAGGCUAAUAGGCCCAUCUGCAAGAUACAAUUAAAAAGAAUUGUUAAUGUUUAUAA